CUGGUCUUUACGUAGCGUUUUGCUUUUCUUUUUUCCUCAAUCAAUCAAAUAUGGAUCCUAAUGAUUUCCGUCGUAGUGCUUAUAAAGAACGUAGUCGUUUUAAACCUGAAGAGAUAAGAAGAAGACGAGAAAAUGCUCAAGUUGAGAUUAGAAAACAAAAAAAGGAAGAAAAUUUAGCUAAAAGAAGAAACUUCAACGCGCAAAUGCUAUCUCAAGACUCAGACGAUGAAUUAGAGGCACAAGAUGCAAGGCUCAUGGCCGAUUUACCCUUUAUGGUUCAAAACAUAUAUUCUACUGAUCCUGCAAUGCAGCUUCAAACAACAACACAAUUCAGAAAACUUUUAUCAAAGGAGGAGAAUCCUCCCAUUAAAGAAGUUAUUCAAUGUGGUGUUGUACCUCGUUUUGUGGAAUUCCUUAGAUCACAGGAUAGUCAAUUACAGUUUGAAGCUGCUUGGGCAUUAACUAAUAUUGCUUCUGGUUCUCCUGAUCAAACUGAAGCUGUUAUUAAAGCAGGUGCUGUUCCUUACUUUAUAGAAUUAUUAAGUAGUCCUGUUAUGGAUGUCAAAGAACAAGCUGUUUGGGCUUUAGGUAAUAUUGCAGGUGAUAGCCCAAAAUGUCGUGACUAUGUAUUAGAAACAGGUGCACUCCCUCCUUUAUUAGCUAUAUUUGAAGACAGUUCCAAAUUAUCUCUUAUUCGUAAUGCAACUUGGACUUUAUCUAAUUUCUGUAGAGGAAAGAAUCCUCAACCUAACUGGAGAUUGAUUGCACCAGCUUUAAAUGUUCUAUCUCAAUUGAUCAAUUCAACUGAUGAAGAAAUCUUGAUAGAUACCUGUUGGGCCAUUUCCUACUUGUCGGAUGGACCUAACGACCGUAUCCAAGCAGUGAUUGAAUCUAAUGUUUGUAGUCGACUUGUUGAGCUAUUAAGUCAUCCUUCUACAACUGUUCAAACACCUGCUUUAAGAUCUGUUGGUAAUAUCGUCACGGGUGACGAUCAUCAGACCCAAAUGAUAAUUAACGCUGGUGCCCUGGGAGCUCUGAUGAGUCUCUUAAGCAGUCCUAAAGAGACGAUUCGAAAGGAAACUUGUUGGACAUUAUCAAAUAUUACUGCAGGCAAUACAAGUCAAAUCCAAGCUGUUAUUGAUAAUGGAUUGAUCGGACCCCUUAUUCAAGUGUUGGCUCGAGGUGACAUGAAGUCACGUAAAGAAGCCUGUUGGGCUAUCUGUAAUGCAACCUCUGGUGGACUCAAUAAGCCAGAACAAAUUAAAUUCUUAGUAAACGAGGGGUGUAUUAAACCACUUUGUGAUAUGUUGGCUACUCUAGACAAUAAAGUGAUUUUGGUAGCACUUGAUGGCUUAGAUAAUAUAUUAAAGGUUGGAGAAAUGGAGAAGAUGAAUACAAUGGAUGGAUUAAACCCUUAUGGUUUAUCAAUUGAAGAAUGCGGUGGGGUUGAAUAUAUUCAUGCUUUACAACACCAUGAUAAUGUUGAUAUCUAUAAAAAGUCAUACCAAUUGAUUGAUAAAUACUUUAGUGAUGAAGAUGAUCAAGAUACUGCUAUGGUGCCUGAUACUGAUCCAAAUCAAACCUUCAUGUUUCAACAAGAACAAGCUCCUCAAGGUGGAUUUAAUUUUUAAGACAAAAAUUAUUGGUUUUUUUUUCUUUUCUUUUUUUUUCUUUUUUUUUUUUUCUUCUUUCUCUCUCUCUUUAAAGUCUUAUUACUAUUGCC